AUGGAGAAGGGUCUGAGAUUUUACGAGCAACAGAGGGAGAACAUAGCGGCCAAGAACGCCCUGGAGUCCUACGCCUUCAACAUGAAGAGCAGCCUGCGGGAGGACAACCUGAAGGACAGAGUGAGUGAGGAGGACAGGAAGAAGGUGGAGGAGAAGUGUGAGCAGGCCAUCCUCUGGCUGGAGAACAACCCGCUAGCGGAGAAAGAGGAGUACCAACACCAGCUGAAGGAGUUGGAGAAGCUGUGUAGCCCCAUCAUCUCCAGGCUGUACCAGGGGGGAGUGCCAGCAGGCAGCUGUGGAGAGCAGGCCAGAGCUGGCUCCCGGGGGCCCACCAUCGAGGAGGUGGACUGAAGCAGACUGUUGGACUGAAUGGAAUAUGAUCAAUAUGACUGUUAUGGAUUUAAAAGUUAUUUCUUGGUGCCCCCCGUGGUUGACCGCGUAGAGCGUGUACCAUUAAGGCCCAGUCCUUACUACAGCGACAAGAGUUUGAUUCCAGCCCCGGGUCCUUUGCUGCAGGUCCUCCCCUCUAUUUAUUUUACCUUUCUAUAUACCAUACCACCUACCUGUCUAUCUCACUCUACAGUAAAAAUUAUUUUAAAAAAAUAAAUCCUUCAAAUGCUGUAUAAUGACUAAGCACUCGGCCACAUGUGAUGUAAAUACGUUCAUUUAAGGUCACAAAAUUACUUUAUAAAGUUGGACUGAAUGGAAUAGGAUUGCAAUAUAUAUAUAUUUUAUUAUAAGACAUUUAAAUUUUUUUCCCUUAUGAGCGAGAAUUUAUUACACAUUGCAGAAACAAUAAAAUAGAUAUCCUUUUUGUUGUAGAAUGUUUAUUUUUCUUGUAGCUGUUAACUUAAUACACAUACAAAUUCAUUGUUCUAUAGUUGAUUAUAACAUGUACAUAAUGGUAUAAUGUUUUACUACUUACUAAAAUAAAAUGGUAAAUGGACUGCAUUUAUGUGGCGAUUUUCUAACCUGUGGCCACUCAAAGCACUUUACAGUCAUGCCUAACAUUCACCAAUCUAUGCACACAUUCACAGACCAUGCAAGACGACAGCCAGCUCGUCGGGAGCAGUAAGGGUGAGGGGUCUUGCUCAGGACCACCUCAACCCUCAGCUAGGAGGAGCUAGGGGAUCGAACUAGCAACCUUCCGGUUGCCAGCCAACCCGCUCUACCUCCUGAUCAUGCUGCCCAUUUAAUACAUUUAAAUGUAAUGAAUCACAGGUUUGAGGUUUGCGAUUAAAACAUCAUACACUAUGUAAUUAUGCCAUGGGAUUAAAUUGUUAGAUU